GUUUGCGGUCUUUUCAAUUUCCAUUAGAGCGCCCUGCACGGCGGUUACGAUCGAUCGUCCCCGCGAGGAACAUCAACCGAAUAAGAAUAUUCAAAUCCACAAAUUCACAACUCCUUUGCAGCUAUCGGCUUUCUCUUCUUUCUGUAUCGACAUUGGUCUCUCCGGCCUAUACAUACACAUUUAUGAUAUCUAUAGUUACAGCCGGCAAGAGGUAACUGCUCAGACUUACGUUCUCUAGAAUCCAUUAUUAUGCGAAUCAGUCUCGAAUUCCUCCGACGCCCUUGAUCCGAUCGAACAUCAACAUCAACAUCGCAUGUGGAAAUGUCAUGGGGACUGGGCUGGAAACGUCCCUCGGAGGUUUUCCACCUGGCUCUGAGCUACGGCUCCGACGAGUUCCCGGAUGAGGGCUCGCCCAAGUCAUCUCGAUCGUCGUCGUCGCCCUCCGGGGGUGGUUCGCCGCUCUCUGAUUCCUCUCCGACCAAGUUGUUUCAGGAAGCGCAGCAGUUGGGGUGUAGGAUUGAGCUGGAUUGGAAUGCGGGUGAUGACGAGGAUCAAGUGGCGCUGAAGCUGCAGUCGCAGGUCAUGAUGGGGCUGCCGUCUCCGCACGAUGCGGUGGAGAUCGAGCUCAAGGAGAGGUGCCAAAGCGGAGACGUUGAGGGUUGUGGAAUGGGGGAGGUAAGCGUGGAAAUGAGGGUGGUUAAGAGGAGGGAGCCAUUGAAAGGGGUGUUGAUGUGGAAGGCGGGGACUUCAGGACAUCAAGCUGAUGGUGUGGGGAUGUUCUUGAAGUUGAUGAGGUCCAAUUUCUGCAAUGAUGUUGUUGGGUCCAGUAAUGGUGAGGAAAUAGUUGGAGGCUGUGCUGAGCAUUGGCGGAGUGUCACUGUUGUUAGCCUCUCUGGUCUUGGACUAACAGUGUUGCCUGUAGAGAUAGCACAGCUCUCUCUUCUUGAAAGGCUAUACCUUGACAACAACAAGCUGUCGACUUUACCACCUGAGCUUGGUGAGCUGAAGAACUUGAAAGUGCUUGCUGCUGACUGUAACAUAUUGGUCUCUGUCCCUGUCAAGUUGAGAGAAUGUGUUGGGCUAGUAGAAUUGUCACUCGAACAUAACAAGCUGGUCCGACCUCUUCUUGAUUUCAGGGCUAUGCUUGACUUAUGUGUUCUAAGGCUAUUUGGCAAUCCUCUAGAAUUUCUUCCAGAUAUAUUAUCUCUACGCAAACUACGUAACUUAUCUCUUGCCAAUAUUAGGAUUGUGGCAGAUGACCAUUUAAGAUCUGUAAAUGUACAGAUAGAGAUGGAGAAUAGUUCUUACUUCGCAGCAUCCCGACAUAAACUGAGUGCCUUCUUCUCUCUCAUAUUCCGGUUCUCUUCUUGUCACCAUCCGCUGCUAGCAUCUGCCCUGGCUAAGAUUAUGCAAGACGAGGGACAUCGUACAUUUGUUGGUAAAGAUGAGAAUGCUGUGAGGCAGCUCAUAAGUAUGAUAACUAGUGAAAAUCAGCACGUGGUGAAUCAAGCUUGCUCUGCACUUACUACUCUUGCGUCAGAUGUUACUGUGGCAAUGAUGUUAAUGAAAUCUGAUAUCAUGCAACCCGUUGAAAGAGUACUUACAUCUUCUGGACCUGAUGAAGUGAUUUCUGUGUUGGAAGUUUUCACUAAGUUGGCUUUUGCAUCUGAUACUGUUUCUCAAAAGAUGUUUAGAAGGGAUAUAUUGAAGUCAUUGAAAAUUUUAUGUGCCCACAAAAAUUCAGAGGUACAAAGGCUAGCUUUAUUUGCAGUCGGAAAUUUAGCUUUCAACUUGGAAAACCGUCGUGUUCUUGUUACUUCAGAAAGUCUAAGAGAACUUCUUUUGCAUCUGACAUCUGCAUCAGAGUCUCGUGUGAGCAAGGCUGCGGCUCGUGCUCUGGCAAUUCUAGGGGAGAACGAGGUUUUACGGCGUGCUAUUAGAGGUAGACAGGUGCCCAAACAGGGGUUACGCAUACUUGCGAUGGAUGGUGGUGGCAUGAAAGGUCUUGCAACUGUAAAAAUUCUUAAAGAGAUUGAGAAGGGUACUGGAAAGCAGAUACAUGAACUUUUUGACCUUAUUUGUGGAACAUCAACGGGUGGCAUGCUUGCAGUUGCUCUUGGAAUCAAAUUGAUGUCUUUGGAAAAAUGUGAAGAAAUAUACAAAAAACUUGGAAAACUUGUUUUUGCUGAACCUGUUCCAAAGGACAAUGAAGCUGCAUCUUGGAGGGAAAAACUUGAUCAGCUCUAUAAAAGUUCCUCACAAAGUUUCAGAGUUGUUGUGCAUGGAUCUAAACACAGUGCAGAUCAGUUUGAGAGAUUGUUGAAAGAGAUGUGUGCUGAUGAAGAUGGAGAUCUCCUAAUAGAGUCAUCAGUGAAAAGGACCCCCAAAGUUUUUGUAGUAUCAACUCUUGUCAAUGUGUCACCAGCUCAACCCUUCAUAUUCCGUAAUUAUCAGUACCCACCUGGCACAGCAGAGAUUUCUCCUUCAAUCACAGAGAAUAUGGGAACUGGAGGUGCAGGAGCAGCUAGUACAGGUGCUGAAAUUGGUUAUAAGCGUAAUGCUUUCAUUGGAAGCUGUAAGCAUCAUAUUUGGCAAGCCAUACGAGCAUCAUCUGCUGCGCCAUAUUAUCUUGAUGAUUUUUCUGAUGGAGUAUACCGUUGGCAAGAUGGUGCUAUUGUAGCAAAUAAUCCUACUGUUUUUGCCAUACGUGAAGCACAGCUAUUGUGGCCAGAUGCAAGAAUUGACUGCUUAGUUUCUGUAGGAUGCGGUUCUGUUGUAACUAAGGUUAGGAAAGGUGGAUGGCGAUAUCUGGAUACUGGCCAAGUGUUGAUAGAGAGUGCAUGCUCAGUUGAUCGGGUGGAGGAAGCUUUAAGUGCACUACUUCCUAUGCUUCCUGAAAUGCAUUAUUUUCGGUUUAAUCCAGUUGAUGAGCGCUGUGAUAUGGAGCUUGAUGAAACAGAUCCUGCGGUUUGGUCGAAACUUGAGGCUGCAACAGAUGAGUACAUGCAAAAUACAUCCUCUGCUUUUAAGAAUCUCUGUGAAAGGUUGUUAGCUUGUCUGCAAGAUGAGAAACAAUUGGAUAAUGUAAAGUCUCAGAAAUUUCCCAAAACAAACAGUUCAAAAUCUGAUGAGAGAGGCCCUGCUUUAGGCUGGAGGCGGAGUAUCCUUCUUGUGGAGGCUUCUAAUAGUCCAGAUUCUGGAAGAGUAUUUCACCAUGCUCGCUCACUCGAAUCAUUUUGUACCAAUAAUAGAAUAAGGCUAUUCCUUUUCAAUGGUGUAUCGGGGACUGUAAAUGCAGCUGGAUCAAGUUUACCAGCAUCCGUGUCUUCACCUUUAUUCACCGGAAGCUUCCCGUCUAGCCCUUUCCUAUACAAUCCUGAUGUUGGGCAUCAUAAGGUUGGUAGAAUUGAUUUAGUGCCUCCAUUAAGCUUAGAUGGAUUUCAAUCAACAAAAGUGGCUGCAUCGCCUCCUGAAUCACCUGCAAAAAGCCGGCAGUUAUCUUUGCUAGUCCAAUCUUUGUAUGAGAAAUUACAAAAUUCACCUCAAGUUGGAGUUGUGCACCUGGCUCUUCAAAAUGACCCAUCUGGAUCUAUAUUGAGGUUAGAGUUUCCAUUGAUGCCAUUCUUUUGUUUGUUUGUUUGUUUGAAAGUUUCGCUUCAUCCUAAUCCCCUUUUAAAUUUAUGUAGUUGGCAGAAUGAUGUAUUUGUUGUCGCUGAACCAGGAGAACUAGCAGAAAGGUUUCUGCAGAGUGUCAAACUCAGCUUAUUGUCAAUGAUACGAGGACAGAGGAAUAAGUCUGCGUCAGUUAUCAACAGUAUCUCCACUGUUGCUGAUCUGGUUUCGUGUCGACCAUACUUUCAAAUUGGAGGUGUUGUCCACCGUUUUAUUGGGCGCCAAACUCAAGUCAUGGAAGAUGACCACGAAAUUGGCGCCUACAUGUUUCGUAGAACAGUCCCUUCAAUGCACAUAACCGAUAAAGAUGUUCGGUGGAUGGUUGGAGCUUGGAGGGACAGGAUUAUAUUCUUCACGGGUUUAUAUGGUCCUACACAAUCUUUAAUCAAGGCAUUUCUAGACUCGGGCGCUAAAGCUGUUAUAUGUCCUUCUGCUGAGCCCGACGAAAUGCAUCUGCCAACAUUGGAUGGGUCAGGGGAAUUUAACGCUCCCGAGAAUGUGAAGUUUGAGAUUGGAGAAGAUGAGCUAGAAAACGAAGAUACCGGAGCUUCCAGCACAGCCAGUGAUUGGGAAGAUGGCGAGCCGGAUGAAGAUGGAGGAGGGUGCCCUACGUUGUUUUGGGAUGAUAACGACGGGGAGCUGUCUGGUUUUGUUUCAGCAUUCUACGACGCACUGUUUCAGGGCAGUUCAAGAAUAGAGGAUGCCUUAAAACGAGCUCUUGCCUCCCAUCGGAGCCUCAGGUAUUCCUGUCAUCGUCCCAGUGUAACAUAAGAAUACUUCGCUCUCUUCCUUCACCAGACAGACUAUCAAAGAUGGCGUUUUCUGAUGAAAAAACAAAAAAACAAAAAAAACAUUUAAUUAUGAGCACUUACCGUUACUGUUACACAAUUUUGUAUAGAGCAUCAUACUUGUAUAUGGAAGACAAACUGAAAAUGAGAAACAAAUAAAUAGAAGAGAUUGCAUAAGAUGCGGAGGUAGAAAAAAAAAAUAGAGGUUUCAUUUAAU